ACAGCAGCCUUUCUCCUGGUGCAUUCUGGGAGUCUUCGGUGCUGGAAGGCGCGAGGAGGCUGCAGCAUUUAUGUCGAAUGCUGGAGGACAAGCUCAACGCGCCGGAUGCCCAGGUUAGUGUUCAGAUCGGCUUUCAUUCAUUUAUACAGCAGCAAACCACCUCAGGGCGCUUUACACUGUAAGCUACAGAGCACUAUGGGUGACAGUGGACCACUCAGCUGACCUCAGACAUGUUUGCUUUGAGCUGAUUGGUUACUGCUGAGAGGUCAGAGUAAAAAAUAUAACAGUGAUUUUAUCAUCCAGUAAACAUCCUUUUCCGAAUAUUUAACCACACCGACGCCACGGUGUCACACCAACGCUCCCAGUCUGAGCUUCAGUUUCCUGAGAUUGUCGGUGUUCGGUGGGCGGAGUUUGCUGUGUGAGCUUCGAGCAUCGUUCGCCACCUGUAUUUCCUGUUCUGCCGCGUGUUUCGUGUGAACUGGUUCAGCUGCUGGUCCCAGUAAAGAUCUGAUGUUCCAGUCACGUCACAUUUAGCUGGAGGUUACAAUACAAGGUUCUGGCUGAAGAAUGUGGCGAAUCAUCAUCAUAUGUCAUUCGCGGGCGAUAACGAGUCAGAGACGAGGACGCUGUGAAUGUGCCACUUCUGGUUCUGCAACUUUGCAGCUGCAGAACCAGAAGUGUCUCCUUCUGAGUCAUUGUUUUCAUUUCUGAACACCUUCCAGGUAAAUUUGAACAUGUCUGAGUAAUUCAGCAGCCCGGGCCCUCUCUGAGAUCUGACGUCUGCUCGCGUCUGAAGCAGCUAACGGAUAAGCACGGCUCUGGAAAGAUCUUCCAGGUGAUGAGCACGGUCGUGGGCACCUGGGACCUGGACCUGAACUUGACUAAGGGCGAGCUGGUGGCGGUGAUCAGCGAGGCCGACAGCCGUGGAGACAGAAGGAGGUGGCUGGUCGAUGCAGGAGGGAAGCGAGGCUACGCUGCUGCCUCGAAACUCAUUCGCUAUCACCAGCCAACAGACGACCCGCCCCCCUCACCACACCCGAGCCUGGCAGAAGACGUGACCGCACACAGAAGACACUCCUACAGCCCGGCAGGCAAUGCCCCACUGCCCAUGAGUCAGCCCUGCUUCCAGGUUGUGGGCGCCUACGACUUCACGGCCAGAUCCAAACACGAAGUUUCCUUCUGGGCCGGAGAACCCGUUCGUGUCCUGGAGCCUCACGACAAACGAGGGAGCCCCGAGUGGAGCCUGGUGGAGGUCAGAGGUCAGAGAGGCUACGUGCCCUCCAACUACCUGGCAAUCAUGCCCGUGGGAGCGGGGCUGCCCCCGAACCCUGGCUUUAGGGGGUGGAAACUGCAGCUGGUGUCGAUGAGAGGAUGGAUGGAAGAGCCUCCCGGGAUCAGCUGUUUACAGUCUCAGUGUUAA